AUGGACAGCAAACGAGGGUUGUCGUUUGCUAGGGUUGUUUCAGGCGUGGAUUCUGAAAAUCCACAGCCCCGAUCGGAAACGGCUGUGACGACUACAUCUGGUGGAUCACCUCAAACAAAUAAUCCACAGAGCGACGCUCAACAAUCGAAUACGGCAGUCAGUGUGGAGAAAAAGGAUAAAACAGAAAAAGCAUCACAAUCGUUUUUGACACAUCAUCACGGGCGGAGAAAUAGGCCUCCAAGGCAUUCAAUGGAUCGGGAACGCGAACGAGAGCGCGAUCGAGUCGACAAAAAAGUCAAAGAAGGAUCUAGCCUAACAAAAUUAGAAGAACAAGAAGUUGCUCCUUCAGCCCCCACAGUAGUACUUGGUCCUGCUCCGGUACCUGCGGUCAACGCUUGGUUUAAAAACUCUUCAAAGUCUAAAGAAGCUUCAGCUGAUGAUAAACAAGCUGAAGCAAAAAGUUUUGCAAAGCUAGAAACGAAGAAACAAGAAAGUGGCGGAAAAGCUGAAAGUGCCAAGAAAUUUGAGUUUUCAAAGAAUAAGAAGGAAAAACAGAAUCUGGAGCCUUCUGAAUCAUUGACUAGUGGCUUGAAAAAUGAUGAUAAGUUAAUUCAAAAUUCUCCUUCAACUGAAAUCAAACUGGAUGUUUCAGAGAACAAGGAGGCAGUAACUCGUGUUGAUGAUAAAGGUUGGCCAUCUCUGAAUGCAGCUUUAAGCGAAGAUGCGAAGUCAGAAGUAACUGCAGUGCAGUCUGUCCAUAAAGGAAGCUCAUCUCGGCAAGGAUCUCCAAAUGCUGAAAACAGUUCGAGUGAUUCUAACAGACCGGAAGCAAAAAGAGAGAAAGAAACAGGUGAAGGUGGAGGUUCAAAUAAUAUUGUUACGUCAAAGAGUUCGAGAAGUGGUAAGAAUUGGAAGAAAUUAGAUAUUGACGUUGACUAUGCGGGUCGUGAGGGUCAAUCGAGACGCUCGAAUAAUUCGAAGGCUGAUCAGAUUCAGUUUUCUCAAAGAAAUAGACGUGGUGCUUGUAAUAUAAAGCAGACGGGUAAGGAGGGUGUGGGCUCUGGUGCACCUGCAGUGGGUAGCGCAGGUGGAGCCGCAACUGAAAGUACUGCGGAUAAAGCAAACACGUUCCAAGGCAACUCGGGAGCGGCUUCAACUGUCUUACAGUCAUCGGCGAGUAUUGGGAAUGCAGAUCAUAAUGAAGAGUACGUCGAAGAAAACUACUGGUGA